AUGAACGAGUCGGUGAACUCCAGUAACGGCUCCAGUGAGGCUGCUACCCCCGAUGAGGAGGCGCCGCUGCUCGUGGACGCCUGGCUGGUUCCGCUGGUGUUCGGAGUCAUCAUGGUGGUGGGACUCGCUGGAAACUCUCUGGUUCUCCACGUCAUUUCAAAGCACAAGAAAAUGUGGACAGCAACCAACUUUUACAUAGCUAACCUGGCGAUGACUGAUAUCACGUUCCUGGUUUGCUGUGUGCCGUUCACUGCUGUGCUGUAUCCUCUGCCCAGCUGGGUCUUUGGAAAUUUCAUGUGUAAAUUUGUGAGCUACAUCCAACAGGUGUCUGCACAGGCUACCUGCGUGACACUGACCGUGAUGAGUGUGGACCGCUGGUACGUCACUGUGUACCCACUGCGCUCUCUGCAGUGUCGCACCCCAAGAGUUGCCACCAUGGUCAGCCUGGGAAUCUGGAUAGGCUCUUUCCUGGUGUCUGUGCCAGUGCCUCUAUAUACCAGGACUUUAGCUGGAGAAUGGUACGGCCCUCGGAUAUUCUGCACCGAGACCUUUCCCACAACAGCACACAAGAAAGUCUUUAUCCUCUACAAUUUCCUGGGUGUGUACAUGCUCCCACUGGUGACGAUCUGUGUGUGUUAUCUGGUCAUGCUGCACCAGAUGGGCCGGCCGACUGUGGAACCUGUUGACAAUAACUAUCAGCUGCAGGUCCAGACUGAGCGCAGUGCUGCCAUGAGGGCUAAGGUGUCUCGCAUGGUUCUGGUAAUCGUGCAGCUGUUUAUUCUGUGCUGGGGUCCCAUUCAGCUUUUCAUCAUGGUGCAGGCCUUUAGUCCGCACUUCCGCCAAGACUACUAUGCUUACAAAGUGAAGAUAUGGGCACACUGCAUGUCGUACAGCAACUCCUGCAUUAAUCCUAUAGUCUACGCCUUCAUGGGUGCCAACUUCCGCAAGGCCUUCAGGAGAACUUUUCAUUGCCUCUUCAAGCAGCGCGUGUCUGUCGCCCAGCAGCCGAACGCGAAUGCCAACACAGAGAUGCACUACGUGUCAUAGGAUCUGUUUCUGAGAUUCGGUGUAUCUUUUAGUCUUAUACUCCAUGUACUCACUACUGAGGCUGUAAUGUUUAAAUGUAGUCUUGAAUUUGUUUAUCAAACCGAAGACAAUGUGAAUAAUGAAUGUUGGGAGUGUUUGAAUGCUUGUAAAUUUGUAAAAUAAUUUGUUUGGAUGAAUAUAUACUAUAUGUCCAAAUGUUUGUAGACACCUUUUGCCCAAAAUUUCUUCAAAAGCAAGGUUAAUAGGGAAUUUGUGCCACAAGAAUGUGAAUGAGGUCAGGUACGGAUAUGAGAUGAUCAGACUGGUUUGGGAUGAUCAUGAUUUUUCUGGAUCACAAACACCAUUCCAGCUCAUCCAACUGGACAGGGCUCCACUCCAGAGACUGCUCCACAGCCUAGUGAUGGGGGCUUCACCCCUUUAGCCAGUUUGUGGGUCCAUUUCAGAACUUUCUUUAAUGUGCCCUCAUUCACUCAAAAGAAGAGGAGGGGACAGCGAGGAGCAGAUUACUCAGACUGAACUCUAAAAACUGAAGUCUCUCAUCCUUGGCAGUUUAGCCUCUAGGAGCUAAUCGGUUAGCCAUGCAAACUUUUGAAGCUGAACAGA